CCUUCCCAGAGUUUUUCGAUCCAGCCCCGCCCCCUUCAUGCCCUCGCCGCCACCACUGACGGCGCCCUACCCUCCCCUCGAUCUCAGAUCGCAUCGAGCUCCCCCUCUCUCUCCCACUUCUCGAAGCUCCUGCGUCCCACCGUCGAACUCGGGCAGCCGAGCGGCAGGGGCGUCCCCGGCGCCGUCGAUCCCAGCCAUGGCCUGCAGCCAGUGGGCGCAAGUCCAGUGGCCCGACCGCGCGCCCCCACGCGCGAGCCUCGCGGAAUCCACCCCCCUCCGUCCGUGACAUGCUGCGGUGGAGAGUUCCCCUUCCCCGUGGCGGCAGGUGCUGGUGGCGGUUGCGCCACGGCACUCGUCUCCCGGCCUGCUCCGACGCGGCGCAGACCUUGCCGGAGCCGCCGCAGAUCGUGGACGCCGCCGUGGAGCCCAACCUCGUCUCGAGGACCAACGACGGUUGGAGUGACUUAAUCGAGCGCUACGAGGGCAUAAAUCAUGGUGAAUAUCUGAAACUGUUGGCGGAUAUCGCAACAUUGAGGCAUGAGCGUGACCACCUAGAGGCCAGCGUGAGGAGGCAGACAGGAGAAGACCUGCCGUCCGGCACAACCGCGGCAGAGCUCCGCGGUCUGGAGCACAAGCUAGAGUGCGCGCUAGGUAAAGUCCAUGAAACGAAGGUAUGCGUGUUGUUACAACACCCUGUACUGCACAAUAUUCACCACGGCACCCAGCCUGUGGAACACUUCAAAUCUUUGGAGUCGCCAAUGUCUUCCUGCAGAUGAUUGAUGAGCUGAUCUUCCACCAGUGGUAGCGGGAGGUGGUGCUGGAGCAGUACAUCGAUCAGCAGAUCAUCCUGCCAUUUGGGCAGGGAGAAGCU